ACUCCGCUACAACCAGUGCAUGAAACGACGCCGUUUCCCCAAGAAAGGCUUCUCCUCAGCUGAGCCCGUCAAGAGUAUAUGGGCCGAGAAUAGAAAGGCCCAUCCAUUUCGACCAAUUUCCCAGGCGCCGACGUCUUCAUUUCCUAAAUUUCUUGUGGACGGAGGAGACCUUCGUUCGACCUUUACCUCUCUGCAAAAUCCGGUGGAAGCGGGAGAAGUGAUCUGCUGAAAGCAACAAAUCAAAUCUAAGCAGCUUUUUAAGGGAGGGUGUGGGUCAAAUGGCGGCGAGUGAGAAGCCCAACAUCUACCACGAGAAGCAGAGGUUGCAGUUCUGCCUCUUACACUCCCUCAACAAUCUCUUUCAGCAAGAGGACACCUUCACUAAGGAAAGCUUGAACUUGAUUGCCGAGAGACUCGUGCUUGAUGAUCCCACCAAGGAAGCAUGGACUCCUCUAUCUGUGCUAUUCAAGCCUCACCACAAUACACUCACGGGAAACUACGACAUAAACGUCUUGAUCUCUGCCUUGGAAAGCAAGGGAAAGAGUGUGGUUUGGCACGAUCGCCGCUAUGGGGCUUCUUCUAUCGGUCUAGACCACGAGAGAUUGAUGGGCAUUGUGCUCAAUGUGCCAGUGAGGAGGUAUGCAGGGCUAUGGAGGACUAGGCAUUGGAUCACGGUCCGUAAGAUUGAUGGAGUCUGGUACAACCUGGACAGUGAUCUCAGAUCACCUCAAGCUUUUGAGAAUGCAGAAGAAGCGAAGAGUUUUCUGGAUCAUGCAAUUGGUAGUGGCGGGGAGGUCUUGCUUGUCAUGAAUGAUAUUCAUGAUGAGCAACGGUGAGGCUCUUCUAGUUGUAGUUUUGUUGAUGCGUGCAUAGUUCAAAAGCUUCUGCUAUGUUGUCUCGUGUUCAUUACUCGUAAUUAAUUGUGCAUAAGCUUGCGAAAUAGAAUUGCAACUCUUUUUGCUGAACUCCCAUUUAUCAUGAAUGUGGGCAGAUCGGAUAUUUGCUCCAUCAGCGGGAUGGGUGUGGUUUGAUUUAAAUUUGAUGUAGUACCCGUGGAACCUCACAGUUUUCAGUUUUGGAUUGGAUUGGAUUGGAUUGGCAACA